AUGUCGUCCAAGUCGCAAUUGACCUACGCCGUCCGCGCCGAGAGCCACCCCAACCCCCUGGCCCGCCGACUCUUCCAAGUUGCUGAAGCCAAGAAGAGCAACGUCACUGUCUCCGCCGAUGUGACCACCACCAAGGAGCUCCUGGACCUCGCCGACCGCCUGGGCCCCUACAUCGCCGUGAUCAAAACCCACAUCGACAUCCUCUCCGACUUCAGCGAAGAAACAAUCACCGGCCUCAAAGCCCUCGCCACCAAACACAACUUCCUCAUCUUCGAAGACCGCAAAUUCAUCGACAUCGGCAACACUGUCCAAAAGCAAUACCACAACGGCACCCUCCGCAUCUCCGAAUGGUCCCACAUCAUCAACUGCUCCGUCCUGCCAGGUGAAGGCAUCGUCGAAGCCCUCGCCCAAACCGCCCAGGCCCCAGACUUCCCCUACGGAAGCGACCGCGGCCUCCUCAUCCUCGCUGAGAUGACCUCCAAGGGCUCCCUCGCCACGGGAGCGUAUACCUCCGCCUCGGUGGACUAUGCGCGCAAGUACCCCAGCUUUGUGCUGGGCUUUGUGUCGACAAGGGCGCUUGGUGAGGUGGAGAGCACUGUUGCUCCGGCCGAGGGUGAGGACUUUGUUGUUUUCACGACGGGUGUGAAUCUUUCGUCUAAGGGGGAUAAGUUGGGGCAGCAGUAUCAGACGCCGCAGUCGGCUAUUGGUCGUGGUGCGGACUUUAUUAUUGCUGGUCGUGGUAUUUAUGCUGCGCCUGAUCCGGUUGAGGCUGCUAAGCAGUAUCAGCAGCAGGGUUGGGAGGCGUAUCUGGCUCGUGUGGGUGGCCAGUAG